GUGCAAGAACCCAAAUCCCGGCACUGGAGGAGAUGCUGCUAUGCUAUCGUACGCAUAGCACUUUUCAGUGCUAAAAAUGGUGAUGAGGCCCCUCUGCGAAAACUCUUCUUUGCCGAAUUCUGGGACUCAAAACCUGCUCGAUUUAAUGAAUCAAAUUCAAAGCCCAUCUGCUGCCCUGUUCAAGAUAGAUUACACUGCACAUCUUGGUCCUCUUACUUCUGUGAUGACCCAGCCAAGCAUGAUUUUGCAUCCACCAUGUCCAUGUGCAACUGGAAGUCACUCCAAUGACGAUGAUGGUAAUGACGCCUUUCGUGACUAUGAUGUUGAUGCUGCCGUUCGUAUGUAUGCUUCUGUUCCACCCAAUCUUGGUAAAGGAAAGGACUUGUUAGAGUCGGAGUCGGACAUCAUUUAUUUUGAUCACCAAAGGGACGAUAAUCUCACAGACGUUCUCAAGGACGACUCCUCCUUUAAUGAAGACAAUUGGAGGAGGAAGCAGUAAUUGGGUUCCAAAACAGGGCUUGUUAAGUUGCUCACAGCUUAGACCAGGAACAUGCGUUUGCUUCUGUCUGGAAGCUCUUGUAAGAAAUACUAGAACAAGUUUGUACUAAAUGUUUGAGCUUUGACAAUUACUCUCGUCGAAACCUUUGAAACUUUUGUUUUGGACAUGUGAAUACUAACUACAUGUCUC